ACCUCUUUUCUACUCUUCCUCUACUCUCCUCCACGGCCUUCUCGUCUCUCUCCCUUUCUCCUCUUUCGCGUCUUCUGCUCUUAACAGUUCAUUCACUCCUUCAAUCUGCUCUAGAUGUCGUGGAGAUCUGUCAGGUUCAAUGAAACUUAAGAAUUCUUCGACAAGGAGCAAAAGAUGCACUGUGGAUCCUAUCCUCUAUUUGAUUUUGACUUUUCUCAUGAAAGGCUUCUUUCCUAGAAAUGUGAUAAGAUACUCUUGGAACUAAGUGCUCUCAUAUUAGGUCGAAAUUGAUUCCUCACCAGUAAUAAUGGACAGAUCUGACACAUCAGGAUUUGUCAGUGGUGGUGGUCACUUGUUCAAGUUCGUUCAAUUUGUUCAUUUGGAUUGCUACAUAAAUCCCUGGAAUUGCUUCGUUGUAUGGCUGAUCUUCUAGGAAGGCAUCAAAAUCUGUAGUGACUCUGCACUCAAACCCUCUCUUUCCUUCUUUUAACAGCUUCUUUAUUGCAUACAGAGAAUGGAUCUCAACAUGACAGAUGUGAUGUUUCUUGGUAACGGUGAACCGGAAAAAAAUGACAAUUUUGGUGAUACUGCUCUGCGCCUGGACUGUCUUGGCUAUGAAACAUGCAAUACUGCUAGGUCUGGGGAUUCUGGGAGUAACCAUGGUGUGUUUUCUGCCAAAGUUCCUGAUGACGGCUGCAGGUUAGUACUUGGGCUGGGGCCCACCCCAAGCUCCUACCAUGGCAAUUAUUAUCCUGUUGGGAUAAGAAAAAGCAAGGAAUCUGUCAUGACAUCUGUCCGAGCAUCAUCAUCUGCAGGCGAUUCUCAUAUCCUAAAACUUGGCCUUUCUAGAGGGACUGGAGAUGAUCUGGGCAUGGAGGAGAAUUCAGUUUCCUCCCAGAGCAAUCUCACCACUUCCUUCCUCCUAGGCCAAACUAGACAAUUUAUCCCGGUUGUUGAUGAGGGCUCGACUUCAGCCAAGAGAUCAGGUGGAUAUAUGCCAUCCCUUCUCCUGGCUCCUAGGCUGGAUAGCAGUAAAGUUCCACUCCAGACCCAAGAGCUUUUAGAGCGUGGGACCAGCAUCCUGCAACCUCAUUCUCACUUGAGUCCUGAGCCUUCAGUCACCACAGAUUACUCAACAAGCUCUGUGUCUGAGUCUGCAAGUCAACACACCCACCACCCUAAGAAGUGCAAGUUUGAAGGGUGUACGAAGGGGGCAAGGGGAGCAUCAGGUCUCUGUAUUGCCCAUGGAGGUGGGCAGAGAUGCCAGAAACCAGGAUGCAAUAAGGGUGCCGAGAGCAGAACUGCAUACUGCAAGGCCCAUGGGGGUGGCAAGAGAUGCCAGCAACUAGGAUGCACCAAAAGUGCUGAGGGGAAGACAGAUUUCUGCAUAGCACAUGGAGGUGGUAGGCGGUGUGGGGAGCCAGGUUGCACCAAGGCAGCAAGGGGAAAAUCAGGACUGUGCAUCAGGCAUGGAGGGGGCAAAAGGUGCAAGGUUGACGGGUGCACCCGUAGUGCUGAGGGGCAGGCUGGGUUGUGCAUCUCUCAUGGAGGGGGUCGGAGGUGCCAGUACCCUGGAUGCACCAAAGGGGCGCAGGGUAGCACUAUGCAUUGUAAGGCCCAUGGUGGGGGAAAGCGGUGCAUAUUCGCAGGGUGCACCAAAGGUGCUGAGGGAAGCACACCGCUGUGCAAGGGGCAUGGUGGUGGGAAGCGCUGCCUGUUCGAGGGUGGAGGCAUUUGCCCAAAGAGCGUACAUGGUGGGACUGAUUACUGUGUUGCACAUGGUGGAGGCAAGAGGUGUGCUGUUCCAGGCUGCACUAAGAGUGCCCGUGGCCGCACUGACUGUUGUGUCAGACAUGGUGGUGGGAAGCGAUGCCGGAUUGAGAACUGUGGGAAGAGUGCUCAAGGGAGCACAGACUUCUGCAAGGCCCAUGGUGGGGGGAAACGUUGCACAUGGGGACAGGGAACAUGUGAGAAAUUUUCCAGGGGAAAGAGUGGGCUGUGUGCAGCUCAUGGUAACAUGGUCCAGGACCAAGAGACUAGCAAGGGUGGAAUGAUCAGGCCUGGACUCUUCCAUGGACUUGUAUCAGUUUCCACAGUUGGGAGCAGCUUGGAUGAGUAUUAUUCUUCCGGAGUGAGUGCCAAUUCUGAUUGCGAUGACUCAACCGAAAAGCCUGCAAAAAGACAACAGCUCAUACCCCCUCAGGUAUUGGUUCCUCCUUCAAUGAAAUCGACAUCCUCUUCAGGGCUGUUAGGUGUCGAGAGGGAAGGUGAAAGAAGCAAUGGGGGUAGGGGAAACAGGAACUUUGAUUUUAUGGUCCCUGAGGGGAGGGUCCACGGUGGGGGUCUGAUGUCUCUGCUGGGAGGAAAUCUGAGGAACCCCAUUGAUGGGAUCUAAGUUUAGUUUGGCAUAUAUCAGACUUGAAAAUGUUUGUUCUAUUUGUCAUUUGUAAGGGAGGGUUUAGGUGUAGACUUUAGAUUAAAACUGUCCAUAAGGUUCUGCUUGUUAAGGACUUUGUUUCAAUUUGGUUCAUCCUCUGUGAUUGAGUGGGGAUUAUUGCUGCGACAAUUGGAAAGCAGCUGCAGUGUUAGGUUUUCUCUAAAUUUUUUAGAUGUGGUUCAGUGUAAUAGCCUCAUAUUCUUUCAAAAUCUUUCCAAUUUGAAGAUUUUGGGAGAUGGAUGGAACUGUCUGUACAUUAUAUGGACUGUGUAUGUAAAUAAAAGUUGAUUAAGU